CUCCACUUCACGCCCCGCUGAAAUUGGUUCAAUGAUAUAAGAACUGGUGUUGCAAGCCACUUGUAUAUCGAAAGAAAAGCCUUGAAUCGUUUGACUUUGUCCGUAUAUAUUCAAGUUUCGAUUGAACCUUUGCUUCUGCUCUUGCAGUACUUGCACUUCUUGUAUUCUAUCUUUUGAUCACAUAUCUGACAUGAACGUCACACAGAGACCUUGGUGGAAGGAUGGCAUCGUCUACCAGAUCUACCCCGCCUCCUUCAAGGACUCCAACGGCGAUGGUGUAGGUGAUUUCCAGGGCAUCAUAUCUGAGCUGGACUAUAUCCGCUCGAUUGGUGUCAAUACAAUCUGGAUCUGUCCCAUGUACGACAGCCCACAAGUUGAUAUGGGAUAUGACAUCCGCAACUACGAAGAUGUAUACGCGCCGUACGGCACGCUUGAUGACAUGCAGAGGUUGAUCGAUGAGACACAUGCUCGUGGUAUGCGCAUCAUCCUCGACCUCGUCGUCAACCACACUUCCAAUGAGCACGAAUGGUUCCUCGAAUCUCGCUCGUCGAAAGACAACCCUAAGCGUGACUGGUACAUCUGGCGCCCAGCCCGCUAUGUGAACGGAGAACGCAAGGCCCCUAACAACUGGGUCUCGAAUUUUACAGGCAGCGUCUGGGAGUGGGACGAGCACACGCAGGAGUACUACCUGCACCUGUUCUGCCCCGAGCAACCUGAUCUCAACUGGGAAAAUGAAGAGACCCGCAAAGCCAUCUACAAGUCCGCGAUGGAGUUUUGGCUCGACCGCGGUGUCGACGGCUUCCGCGUCGAUACAGUCAACAUGUACAGCAAGGGCGAAAUGCUCGAUGCCCCCGUCACAGACCCCGGCUCCGAGUGGCAGUUCGCAGGCUACGAGUACUGCAAUGGCCCGCGUAUGCGCGAGUUUCUCGGCGAGAUGAAUGAGGUCCUCGGAAAAUACGACGCCAUGACCGUCGGCGAGUGCCCCAACACCAAGGACAUGGCCCGUGUGCUGGAGUACGUCUCGGCCAAGGAGAAGCAACUAAAUAUGGUUUUCCAGUUCGACGUCGUCGACGUCGGCCAGGGACCCUACAAAUUCCAGACUACGCCGCGCAACUGGAUUCUCCCACAGUUCAAAGAGGCCAUUGCGCGAACGCAAGAUUUGAUCCGCGGAAACGACGGCUGGACAACGGUCUUCCUCGAGAAUCACGACCAAUCGCGAUCUAUCACACGCUUCACCUCCGACGCGCCCGAGGACCGUGUCGCUGGCGGCAAGAUGCUGAGUUUGAUGAUGUGCGCUCUGUCGGGCACAUUGUUCAUCUACCAAGGCCAGGAGCUGGGCAUGACCAACUUCCCCAAGACAUGGAGUAUGGACGAGUACAAAGACAUCGACAGCUCAAACUACUACAAGAUGGUCGCUCGCCGCACCAACAACGACCCAGCGGCGCUGGAAGCUGCGCAUACAUCCCUCCAGCAUCUCGCCCGCGACCACUCACGGGUUCCGAUGAGCUGGAGCAACGGGCCGACGAAUGGCUUCUCGCCCCCGGACGCGACGGAGAGGCCGUGGAUGCGACCGCUGGAGGACGCGGAUGUGUGCAAUGCGAAGCAGCAGCAGGGUGACAAGAACUCAGUGCUGGCGUACUGGAAGCGCAUGCUAGGUGUGCGCAAACAGUACAGCGAUUUGCUUGUGCACGGCGAGUACGAUGAUCUGGAUAUUGAGAACCGCGAUUUCUUUGCCUUCACGAAGAAGUGGAAGGGCAAGAAGGCGUUCGUCAUCUGCAACUUUACAGAUAAGACGCAGAAGCUCUAUGUGCCUAAGCAAGUCGACAACGUCAAGAGGGACUUGCUUGUCAGCAGCGUUAAUGAGCCAGUGGAGGAUGAGUUAGCUGCCUGGGAGGGCAGGAUUUACUUGCUUGCGAACUAGGGGUUUGUGGAUUCGGAGUAUGGGUUCGCUUGGAUAUAGGAUCCUUCAUCUGGGGUAUACAUACGACAGUCAUGGCAGAGCCAAUUUGGAAAAUUAUCUGACACCCUCUACGACGUGCUGAAAUGUGCCAUAGACAGCCUCCUCGAGAUGUGAUUCCACGUAGCGAGCUGACCAACUCUAGUCUCUCUCG